CUGGCAAAGCCCAUGGGGCUGGUGGAGGGGCCUGGGGGUCUGGGCCAGGGAGGAGCAGCUGCCACUCUGGGGGACAACAGCCAUGUUGACGGGGAGGGGAAGUACGAGGAGUACGGCUACAACGCCCAGCUCAGUGACCGCAUCUCCCUGGACCGCAGCAUCCCAGACUACAGACCCAAAAAGUAGGUUUGACUUUAUUUAUUUAUUCAUUUAGUAUGUUUUAUUAUAUUUAUUUGUGCAGAAGAAAAGAACACUGUCUGUAGGUAACUCUCCAACUAAGGAGCAAGAAUAAAAGAGCCAACUGAAUUGAGGUAAGAAACCACAGAUCUUAUAAAACAGUGAGAAACCCAAAAUAGGUUUUUAGCCUUGCCUUGUCUCCGUAGCUACAAAGGAAAUUGCAUAAGACACAAGUAAUCCUUACAUGAAAAGACAUUGUCCCAGACAGCCAGAGAUGAUGUUGAUAGUGGGGCGGCAGGCUAGUUAAUAAUGCAAUAAAAGAAAGAGAGUCCAGCAGUAUUUCUUCUGAAAGAGACCGUGGAGACCCCAGCGGGAAGAUUAAUGGUAUUUUUUAACUGAAUCUUAUAUUUAGAAUGUGAUACAAUGACUGUGAGCAAAUAAUAAGGCAGGGUUCUUCAAUUCCGGUCCUGGAGGGCAGAGACACCUCUGUUUUUCAUCCUCUCCUUCUAAUCAGGGGCUAAUUCAGACCUGGAACACCAGGUGAGUGCAAUUAACUACCAGGUAGAAAUAAAAAACAAAAUGUUUCGGCCCUCCAGGACCGGAAUUGAAGAACCCUGUAAUAAGGCAUGCCACUGGAGUUUAGAUCAGCCCGUGUCAGAGAACAAAAACAGACAGACAGAGAGAGACGUCCAGAGAAUUCUUUGGGCUUUGCUGGGGAUAACAAUUCAUUUGAUCCACAUCCACUUUGUAAUCCCCUUUCCCUUUCUUUCAUACUGGAAAAUCAACGAGAGGAGAGAGCGAGAGAGGGAAAGAGUGAAAAGACGGGUUACUAAUUAAUAACCAGCUGAAAACUGCUUGGUGGAAAAUUGGAUUUGAGGAAAUGGUUCUUUAUGAGGAGGAUAAUGUCUACAGGAAGUCAGUGUAACGGUUUUAUCAUGUCUACAGGAACUCAGUGUUGACGGUUUGAUCGUGUCUACAGGAAGUCAGUGUUGAUGGUUUGAUCGUGUCUGCAGGAAGUCAGUGUUAACGGUUUGAUCAUGUCUACAGGAACUCAGUGUUGAUGGUUUGAUUAUGUCUACAAGACUCGUGUUGAGGUUAUCGUGUACAGGUCAGUGUAUGUUGAUGUGCUACAGGAAGUCAGGUGACAGUUGAUCGGUAAAAAGUUUGUAAAGUUUGAUUGUGUCUACAGGAAGUCAGUGUUGACAGUUUGAUCAUGUCUAAGAAAGUUGUUGAUUGUUGGUUACAGAAGUCAGUGUUGACGGUUUGUGUCUACGGAAGUGUACAGUUUGACCAGUUUACAGGAGUCAGUAUUACGUUUGAUAAUGCUACGGAAGUCGUGUUAACGUUUGAUCAGUCUAUAAACUCAGUGUUGACGGUUUGAAUGUCUACAGGAUCAUGUACUACAGGAAAUCAGUGUUGACGGUUUGAUCAUGUUUACAGGAAGUCAGUGUUGACGGUUUGAUCAUGUCUACAGGAAGUCAGUGUUGACGGUUUGAUCAUGUUUACAGGAAGUCAGUGUUAACGGUUUGGCUAAACCGUUUAUCUCCAUGUAUUGUUUACUCCCUCGUGAUAGAUAAUCAUACCGUCAGUCCUGUGUUUGACACUAAUUUAAGGGGCAGCUGUAUGUUAUGUAUACCCUGUGGAAAUAAUGAUUCAUGCAGUUCUAUGCUGUGUGUGUGUGUGUGUGUGUGUAUGUGUGUGUGUGCGUGUGUGUGUGCGACGUGUAUGUGUGUCUGCCUCUAUUUCAGAAAAACACAAUUGUUCACGGUCCCAUUAACAAACAUGUGCAGCAAGAUAUGCCGUUUCUUUGGCUGUAAACAGGUCAUUCCAGAGGGUGAACCCCUCCCCAAACAAAAGCAGUUCAUAAUAACCAUAUAGACACAGUGUUUGGUGAAGAUACAGUGGGCUCCCUACGCAUAAAGGAAAUCAAUAUGUUUAGCUUAACAUAUCCGUGUCUUACUGUUCUGCAUAUUAUUGCACCAUGGCUCGAAUGAAAUAAAACAAACAUUGUCCCUGCACUUUGAACGACCUUGUUGAAUGUCUACUGAUAGAAACAAGACAAGGACUUUGUUAUCAAAACAUGGGUCCUUGGUGCAGGAAAGGAAUAGGGCUAUUUUCAUACUAUGUGGGUGCAUGGCAUUGCAGAUUGGACUGAAUUGGGCUGUGCAGAAACACACAAGACACAUCUUCAAUAUACUGAUACCAUUUCCACACUUCUGAGCCGAGCCAAGCUGAUCUGUACUGCAUUGGCCUGCUUAUGCAUCCACCUUGGUUUCUGAAACAUUGCUUGAAAGGACAAUGUGAAAUGAAAAUACCUGAGCCAGCAAAGUAUAGGAUUGGGGUCUGUAGGAUAGUGUUGGAAGGGUAACACAAGACACCUCUGGUCUAAUGCCAUAAUUGCACAGGAGUCAUGGAGCAGAGAGGUGUUUGACAAACACAAGGAGGCUGGGGGGGAUUAUUGAAUGAUCUCUACAUCCACACUCCUCAUCCCCUCUGUCUCUGUAUCCAUUGGAUAUGAUAUAGAUUUUUUCAUUUUGUAGGGUUUUAAGACCUACCGCCGAUCUAUUAAUUCUAAUUACAGCCCACUAUCAGCUCAUGGUCAAAUUAGGAUUUGUCAAGACGGAGCAUUUCCCUAACCACUUUUAUCCCCAUUCACUGUCCAGUGGUCUGAGCUUUAUGUUGCCAAUCCUUCCAGCGGUGACAUUUUCUAACAGUGAUCCAGAGGAAGUUAACUAGAGGCUUUAUUAUCCCAACCAGGAACUGCUGUCACACCACAAUAUGUUGUCCAUCCUAGGUGGCCUUUAGCACAAUGCAGCAAUAAUACGUCUUAGAGAAGGGAUGGGCAAAUAAUAAUGAUGCACUAGCUAGCACCUGAGGUUCACAGAGGGCAGAAGAGAAUAGCAUCUGAAUGAGAAAGAAAAUGAAAAACAGUUCAAGCCUAUACCUCACAGUCAAUGUGAAAAUGCAAUGUCCAUGCUGUUAGCUCUCUGUUGCUCUCUAGUUUGUCUAGUUUGCCUCUUUAGCCCGUGAUGAAAAGUUGUACAAUAUUUUCUAUUUCAAUUCAUCUAUAACAUCUGUACUCAUUCGUAGCAAGACGUGACAAUAUUGCUCCGAUAUUCAUUGAGAUCAAGCAAUGCGACAGAUGUUGAGGUUCCCCAAAGACUUGUCUUCCUUCAGCAUCUGGGACUAGGAGAACUAGACUAUAAAGCAAAAGGAAGGGCACGCGGCUGGGCGCUACCUAAUUUCUUAAGCCUCUGAUACCCUGGAAUGGGAUUGCAAGGUCACCGCAGUGGCCAUUUGUAAGUAAAAUGCUUUCAGCUCAAAUGUUUCUCCUACGAAAGCUGAGUUUAUCUCCUCAACAGGGCAGCGAAAUGACAAGGCAAACUAAUGUAUUUUUGAGAACAACCUUUUCUAUAGGGGUAGAGUUGCUUUCAGAUUUCCUGUGCGGCACAGGUUAUCUCAGGUUAAUGUGAAAUUUCAAAGCAAAUAACAUGGCUGUGAAAAGCAGACGGGCCGGCCAGCGUCACAGGCCGAAGAGGGAGUGUGAUGGGAAUAAGUCUUAAUCUGGUGCUCUGUUUCUGUCACAGAUCGUUCUAGGUCAAAUUAUGAGAGCUUGCCAGUGAGCUUAGUUCCAUUACAAACAGAUGAGUCGAUCGCUCAUACUGUUAUGGACCUACAAGUCUCCCCGUUCCUGCAGACAGGUACAAAUUUAAGGUUGAGCGAUGACCUACAUUGGAUUCAGUAACUAGGGCAUUGGAACUACAAUAUCACUUAACAACCUCGACACUGAAUUUGCACAUAGACACAACUCAACUGAAGUGAUCUGGUUUCUUGCCAUGGCCCCUUCUGGCCUACAUUUUUCUGGUAACCAUAUUCAUACACAUACGCUAGCCAUUAGCCAUGACAAAUUAAACUAAGCCCAAAUAAAACAUACAUAAUUUGAUUUGGCAUGGUUGUCAGAUUGUGGCUGUCCCCCCACUAAAGGAAAACCAUUGCACAAAGAUUAACUUGUAUUCACUGCCAGAUAUGGCUUUGUGUUUACGUAUAAUGCCUGUAUGGCUGAUUGAAAGAGGCAGUAGAAAAGCUGUGGAAGAGAACAAAAUAAACUUGUUGAGAGAAAAGUAAUCCUUUUGGAAGGAUUUCAGGAAUACACUGAAAAGCUUAUCAAUCAAAACAGUCCUAUCUGCUAUUAUUGAGAGGAAACAUGGAACAUUCUGUAUUGAAAAAUAAAUAAAUAGUAUACGUAUAUAAACUGAUAUAUAACCAAUUCCGUUUUUCAAUCAAAGAAUUUAAUUGUAACUGAUUUUUUUUUAUAGAACUUCACUUUGAACUUGAAUAGGGGAAUAUACUGCAAAUAAUACAUUAACAGUAUGACCCAUUUAGACAAAAUAAUAUACUGUACAGCUUCAGUUUUAAAGUAUUUUGUAGCUCGGUCUUGGAGAGUUGUAGGAGAGAAGGAUUGUUCCCCCAUUUCAGUCCUUGUCCUGAGAGUGGAGGCUGUAGGAUUAUGAUUUUGAUGUUAGUGAGGAGCAAAGAUAUGAGUGAUAUUGCAUAAGUUAUGAACCUAAGCACUCCAUGAUACACUGUGUCCAGUACCCUAAAGGUACUAGUGUCACCAUAGUCCAACACAGAUAAAAAUGUCCCUUGCACAAGUUCCUUUCUAACUGACAUAGAAAAACCUGAUUUGUUCCUAAAAUAUAAACCUAAUUUCAGUUUAAACCCAAGUUUUCAAUGUGCUAUUUAAAAUUUAGCUUUUCAUUUAACCAGAUGCCUAGGUACUUAUAUGAAGAUACUCUUUCAAUCAGUUGGCCAUUUAAAGAUAAAAUCUGCAAAUGACUCCACUUUUCUUCUUUGAAGACAGAACAAUGUACUGAGUCUUUCUGGCAUUCAGCACAGUUUCUGAAUGGAAUCAAAAGCCAGUUGCAAAUCCUGAAAAGCCUUCUCAAUUUUAGAGGCACAGGAGUAAACAAUUGUGUCGUCAGCAUACAGGGGGAGUUUUAAACAUUUCUACCAACAUAAUUUAUGUACAGUUUAAAAAGGACAGGUCCUAAAAUGAACCGUUGAGGGAUAUACCAUGUAUAACACCCUUACAGUCUCUCCUCUCCAUAUUAUUGUACAUUUCACUACUGUCAUUUCCCAUUGCUGUGAGGUGAGAAACAGUUAGUGCAGGCCAAACACACACGCACACACACACAGGCCUCAUCAUUGGUUUGUGCAGAACUAACUAACUGCACAAUUCCCAAGUUUAGGUGGGUAGAGAGGACAGGACGCAGAGCCACGCUGGGUUCCAUCUGGUGCACACACACACACACACACACACACACACACACACACACACACACACACACACACACACACACACACACAGUGGGUCUGAAAUGAUUGAUGAAUGAGAAAGUUACACAUGGUCAAAGAUCAUACCCCCAAGACAUGCUAACAUCCCCUAUUAUUGGUAAUGGUGAAAGGUUAGCAUGUCUUGGGGGUAUGAUCUUUCACCCUCAGCAUCUUUCUCACUCAUCAUUAUUCACAGUUCAUUCAGGAUUAUCCUUAAUCAUGGUAGCAUCCACGUUAAUAUAUAAGUAUUUAGUGACUCCAAAGUGACACGAUACAUUAUUUACAAUUCAUUUCUAUUGGGCACAAAAUAAUAUGAAACACAACCGAAACAAACUGCAAAUGCAUCCAACAAGUUUGUCACAAGCUUGAUGUUGUCAUUGUGUGCUAGGAAUAUGGGAAGAAAUACUGAACUUUUGUAGGGAAACAGUAGGGAAAACGGUGCCACUCUCUGCCCCACGGCCGUUGUUAUUGUUUUUGUUUUGUUGACGAAGCAGAGCUGGGGAUCCUCACUCAUCGUGGUAAAAAUAAUUGCAGUACAUAUGCUAAUGUUCUAUUACGCGUGCAAAAAAACUGUGUUUGUUUGCAGUAAUGUCUUUGUUGUUGUAAUAUCGCAAACGGACAGUAGCAAUUUCACCAUGAAGGAUUCCAGCUUUAAAUGACUCAUUUUGUUUGUGCCCUCUGCUCUCAUCUACUUAGAGCCAAGUCAAGUUAAAUUUAGAAUUUGUUGUGAUGACGUUUUGCCAACACAUUUCAUUUCAACCAAACGUGAGAACAUUGUGAAAAAAUAAACACAUGUUAUUGUGACUAAGUGCUUCAUUAACACCUAAUUGUGGUGCAAUAUGAUUACACCAGACAAAUAGAAGAUUAAAUAACACCCCACGUCAAUUCAACGUCUAUUCCACGUUGGCUCAACGUAAUUUAAUAGAAAUGACCAGAGUGUGCCCAGUGGGACAGCACUGUUGAGCAUAACAAGCAAGGGAAGCAUAAAGAGAUUGAAUUCAGAAGGAAUUGCAGUUGAAAUAUAAUUAGGAUGCUGGUGGGGGAUGGUUUACAAGAUGUUCGUGUGUGCUGGUUGUUGCCAUAGGAAUCCGUUUCAGUAUGACCAGCUUUACCUUUAGAUUCCUGCAAAGCUUUAUGCUACUGUGAAAGCCCUAGGGAAACGCAAUGGGAGGAGUCAAACAGACUAUGAUAAACAGCAUAAAAAUAUAUACAAAAUCUAAAACCUAAUGUAUGGUGCCUGUUUGUGUGCUUGUGUACAGCAGCAACCACAACUGUGGGCGUGUGCUAUUCAUUCCAUUAACUGGGUCAUUGAAAACAACAACAUGAAAUUGGAUUGCAAUCAUGAGAAUCACUGCUCCACAGUUCCAGUUACCAUGCGUUGGUGUGAGAGGCCUAAUCAGUGGCAGCAAGAGCAUUUUCUCCAGUUGAGAUCCUGGGUUGUCGAGAGAGAGUGGUGGGAGAGGGAGGGAGGAGGGAUAGGGAGAGACACAGAGAAAAGGAGGGAGAGAGUGUUGGCUGUGGAGACGAGAGAGAGAGAGAGAGAGAGAGAGAGAGAGAGAGAGAGAGAGAGAGAGAGAGAGAGAGAGAGAGAGAGAGAGAGAGAGAGAGAGAGAGAGAGAGAGAGAGAAAAGCCCUAGCCCAUCAGUGUUGGUGUCAUUCCCAGCCCUGUUCUCUACACCUCAUCUGCCUCUCACCUCCAGCUAAUAGACCUAGCUAGCCAGGAAGGGGCUGCAUCUUUCAUUUACAGCCAGGCUGCAGCUUUCCCUUGCCACAACCCUCACAUUAAAGAGUGUUCCUAUUUCCCCUACUUUGCUUUGUCAAAAAACGUUUUGGGACCGGGUAAGCUUUUAGGGGACAUCGAUAUAAAACACUAUUCAUUCACUAAGCAUACAUACACAAGUCUUCAUACAUUUAGCAUUUAAAUAUAUUCUGCCUUCUACAAUGAAUGUUCAGAACAUUCAAACAAGACUUGGUUUAUUCAAAUGAAAAAGGGCAGCUCACUUUUACCGGUUCACUGGCCAAAUCCUGAAUUGUGUUCCAUAAUUAUAAAACCGUAUGAUUUGUUUCCUAACAGCUGCAAGCAGUUGACCUACCCAGAGGACCUCCCUCAGAUCUCAGUGGUUUUCAUCUUUGUGAACGAGGCCUUGUCGGUCAUCUUGCGGUCCGUCCACAGCGUGGUCAACCAUACCCCUGCACACCUUCUCAAGGAGAUCAUCCUGGUGGACGACAACAGCGACAGUGGUAAGACUUCUAGUUUAGAUGCUUCUUUGGUAUAACCAUCUAACUGUUCAUUCCUUUUGACUGUACUCAAUCAAGUUAUCAAUCAAAAGCCCUUUUUACAUCAGCAUUUGUCACAGUGCUGCUACUGUUACCUGACCUAGUGUUUUGUUUCCCAUAUCUCAUUCGAAUAACCACAAUCCCUGUAUUACUGCAUUACUGCAUUUUGUUGUGGCUCAUUGCUCCACAAACAUUACUUCUCCAAUUCAUUUUUGUCUCUUUAAAAGUGGCGGGGGGAGUCACAAACAAAGGAUUGCAUCUGUUUGUGUGUGGGAAAAGUGCCAGAGGAGUCAAUUCCCUUAUAAAACAAAUAAACAGCCAUGAUCUAAUAAGUCAAGUUACACAAAACUUGCUAACUUAAGUGUGAUUCUCUCUCUCUCUCUCUCUCUCUCUCUCUCUCUCUCUCUCUCUCUCUCUCUCUCUCUCUCUCUCUCUCUCUCUCUCUCUCUCUCUCUCUCUCUCUCUCUCUGUGUGUGUGUUGUUUGUGCGUGUGUUCAGAGAAGAGAAUGAACGAGGGAAAAGUAGAGAGGAAUGGAGAACCCUUGAGGGUGUGCUCUUGAACACUGUUAGUGAGUUUAAAAAUAACCAGAAAAAAAGAGAGGCCUCUAUCCUCUGGUGAACUGAUGUGCAGUACACAGUCUUCACGGUGAUUUGGUCUGCAUAGGCCUUUGGUUGCUUCCACACACCUGCAUGGCCUGUGGCAGCUGGUCCUCUCAGCCAUGACUCCCAGAAGCCUGCCUGUUUCAGAGGAGAGGGACAAUGAACUAGAUUCCAAUCGACACUUGGCCUUCCAUCACUUGGCAUGGAGCUGGGUUUUAGUCCCAGUGUCCCCCCGGCUGGCGCAGAGUGGAGGCACAUAAAUAACAUACUGAAAGAGGACCAAGUAAGAGUCAACAUUGGCCUCCCCGUAGAGGCUCUUAAAUAGGCAUCAAUUUAAACCAAACAAGGUAGGCACAAAUGGCAGCCGGGGUAAAAUACCAAACCACGUACUCCCCCCUAUCCGUCUACGCCAUUAUUUACUGGUUGUGAUUGGUGAUGGUAAUUUGUGCAGAUGUUUAAGCUGUUCUCUCCAGUGACAUUAGACUAUAAACAUGCAGGCUUGGCUACUUGACCUUUUCUUGCUGGCUAGGCCUGUCUCCUCUCAUUUGACCGCGGCUCUGAGAAAUGACUAGAGGUAAGGCACAGAGGCUCGCUGGGUGCACAAUGAAUCACACACAGGGAACAUCCCACUGGGCACAAACUGGUUGAAUCAACGUUGUUUCCACGUCAUUUUAAUGAAAUUACAUUGAACCAACGCGGAAUAGACGUUGAAUUGUCUGUGCCCAGUGGGAUGUUUGCCUUGUCUUUGUGACACAUAUCCUUUAGCUGGGACAGAGAGUGACAUUUAUUGGUUGCUGAAAGGUUUAUUUUCAUUCAGGGUUGCUCAUUUGCCUUAGUGGGCGCCGGGCGGGCAGGGAAACUAAAUGCUUGUUCUACUUGAUGAAGUUUAGCUAACAGUGUAUAUCAUACAGUAACAGUCCCAAACACUCAUUCAUUGUUGCAGCUUACAUAUUAUCAGAAGUACAAUGUUUAAUAGGCCUGUUGGAAUUUCAACUCCAAAUAUGGCAAGUAAAUUAAUAACUUAAUGGUUCAUAUAAUGAAAAUAGCAUCCCAGCUAGCACAUUUGGUUCCUUGGAAGGUGUGGGAACGUCCGUUUUUGGUUUCCCAUUGUUUCUGGGAACGAAGCUGCAAGUUUCCUGACUGGUAAAACGUAAAGUUUUUUUUAACAUUCUGAGAACGGAAGAGCAAAUUUCACCUGUUCUGGGAAUGUUUAUUUUUAGGUUGCAGGGGGCUCUGAGAACUUUUUACUAUGGUUCCUUGAAAGUUUUCCUGGGAGAUGUUAUUUAUGUUUUGAGAACGGAAGAUAUAGGUUAGUUGAAGAUAAUUAAUUAACAUUCUGAGAACAUGUUUGAAUAAGACUUUUAAUAACACUGUUAGCUAAGGUUAACUGUUUUGAACUCCAAGCACAGAUAGGACACAUGGAAAUUAAUUUGUUUAGGCAUUAAUGCAACAUUUCUUGGUGAGAUUUGAACCUAUGAUCUUCUGUUCUCUAUCCAAGGAAUUUGUCCACUGUGCCACCAGGAUGGAGCUAGCAUGACAUGUAUUUUUAACUCCUACAAAACUUUCGAUUUUAGUCUAUUCAAACAGACUCCAUUUCAAAGGAAACAAGCACUCAUUCAUAUUAGGCGUGGCCAAUUAGUGGGCGCGGCCAACACACCUGAACACACUUCACAAGAUAGAAGAUGGAGAGAGUUUGGUUGACACUGAGAACAGAAUGUGUAUGUUUUUAAAUAACAUUCUUAGAAAGUUCUUAGAACGUUACUAAUGUUUUCUUGUGGUUUUUCUUGAACGUUUUUUUAAUGUUUUGAGAACAUUAAUUUAAAUAGAACCAUGAGGAAACCUGCAGUAAAACGUUAUACUAAAGUACUGUAAUUCCCACAGAAGAACGUUGUUUCUUAACGUUCUCAGAACAAUUUGAGAAGAUUACUUUAAAUUGAACCAUGAAGAAACCUGUCGGAACCGUUAUGCUGAAGUACUGAAAUUCCCACCUAAGAAACAUAUGGUUCUCAGUGCGUUAUGUGCUAGCUGGGUAUCCUGCACCAUUCCCAGAAUGUUGUGGGAAGGUUGUAUGCAAAAUAACCAUAGGACAACAACACUCUCACCAAGCUCUAGUUAUGUGCUAGCUGGGAUCUGUUGAACUGAAGCAAAGUUGAGUACAGCUCAUAACAUGACAUGAGAGCUGAAUCCAAAUACAAGUGGAUUGCAGUUGAUCAUCAAGAAAAAAAAAUGACCAAUCUCUCAUCUAUCUCUCUCUGUCAGUGGUAUAGGCUAUAUAAGUUAUGUCAUAUAUGACGUAACCCACUGCCAAUUGGCCUUAAUCAACAUGGCUACACACUGGCCUUCGAUCUCUGGUGACCACACAGGGAUCAUUAGGCAAUAGGCAUAGUAUAGAAGUCAUACAUCAAACUAAACCACAUGAUAUAUGCAGAUUAAAAUGUGUAAGCCUGUAGACUGAUCAAAUAAAACCAAUGCAUGUGAGAAAAAUCUAUCAGACACAGCAAAAGUCCUCCCACAAUCGUACCAUUUUGACCCUUUAAUCCUAUGGCUCCCUAUACGGUGAAAUAUGUGUUUAUUCCAUAUUCACAGUAUGAUGGAUAGUUAUUUAUUCUUUGCUGUGUUGCACUGUCGAUCCCUUUAAAACAUAGUCAAUGGUCCAUAAUUCUCCAGUGCUGCGGAUGCAUUCCAACUUUCUAUUUGUUUGCUGAGCAUCAGAGGGGAUCCUAUAAUGUUUCUCUCCCCAACAGAACAGCCAUGCAAUUAUUGCGCUUUGUUGGGUUUCAUCAUCUUUUAGCUGCAGCAAUGUAGCCACAGUUUGCACACAGCUCACAAACCAUUCUAGUAAACUUAAACAUAGACAAACAGAAAAAAAGCCCAGGAAAAACUCCCAGAGAGCCUGGAGUUAAACUAGGGUGUAGAGGUCAGGUCACUGUAGUCUAUCGCUACGGCCCAGAGUUUUUCCUGGUCAGAUCACAUGUUCAGAGAAAAACGUUUGGCCGUACUCAUUGGUUGUCUGUAGGGUCAUAUUGUAGUCAAAGGAUGCUUAAAGGCGCAAUCAGCGGUUGCUACAGACAUUUUUGGACUAAUAGAUUAAUGAUAUGUACCCAUUGAUUCUUGAAGAAUAUAACUUAUACUAUAAAUGCCACAUGAGCUUAGUUCAACUGUUGUACCCCAUCAGAACCCAAAAUAUAAGCUUGUUUUACUCCAAUGUUUUUAAACAAAGAAAAUGUAAACAAACACUAUGUUGCCUCAAAACAUGGUUAAAACAAUACUUUUUAUAUCAUGGAUGGUCAAUCCUUACAUCCAUAGCUCUGUCUAUGAAUUUGAGAGUGGUUACAUUUCUCCAGCCCCAUCCCGCCGCUUUUUACUGAACCAGGGGUGCGGAGCUUUGUUAUUGUUUUCACUGCUGAUUGCCGCUUUAAUGUUUAAUGCCUCAAAUCUUAUAGGCAGACCAGCUUUACUCAUUCUGACAAAAAGUACUGAACAAACCUCCAAUGACAGCACCAUCUCUAUCCGACUGAGACCUACAGAUUAGAUCCGGUGUUCUUUCAGAGGUUGAUUUAUGUGCUGAGCAGGUGUCAGCUCCGUGCUUCAGCUCCAGGUGUCAGCUCCAGGCGUCAGCUCCAGGCGUCAGCUCCAGGCGUCAGCUCCUCCAAAAACAUUACAUGGGCUCAGUCAGUCAGACGGGCCAUUUAUGGAACUGCUUGUUUACCUCACUGAUUUUAUUUCCAGGUAAGACAGUGACAUGGAAAGAAAGCCAGGCUCAUCCCUUGGAGUAGAGUCAAGGGAGAGGGAGAUAACGUUUUUACAGUACAGAAAGAAUAAGGUCAUCUGUGUUGUGCUGGGUCGCUCUAGUUUUACUUCUUCUACGUAACUCAUGAUGCUGAGCUCUGUUGUGUUCUUUUUGGGGCAAUUCAUAACCCCAUUUUUUUUUUCAGACAAAUAAUGCUAAUUGAUUGUUGUAUACCAGAUUCAAACAACACUUUCUGCAUUUGCGGUGAAGUCAUAACUUUCAGUGUUUCUGUUUUCCAAUAUAACUGAUUCUCUUUUUCUUGUCUCUCCAGUGGAGCUGAAGUUCAACCUAGACCAGUAUGUGAACAAGCGUUACCCAGGCCUGGUAAAGAUCGUCCGCAACAGUAAGAGGGAGGGCCUGAUCCGAGCCAGGAUACACGGCUGGAAUGCUGCAACCGCCCCAGUCGUAGGCUUCUUUGAUGCCCAUGUAGAGUUCAACACUGCCUGGUAA